UGAUCCCGAUGUGUAUUGUCUUCCCACAAAACAGGGUUCCUCAAAGGACAUCCAUAUUUUUAGCCUUCUAUUUCCAAUGAAAAUUGAAUCUUAUCAGACCCCCUUAUCCAUUAAUCUAUCCAUAAUCAGAUUAAUAAAUACUCAAAAAUAUUCAAGAAGCCGCUGUGACUUCAAUUUAAUCAUUUUGUUGAAAUUAUUGUUGUAAUUUGUUUAUCAGCCACCCAUUUUCAGGAGUGGUGAAAAUCUGUUAAACAUUAUUAAAGAACUGGAUUUGAGAUGAGAAGAGCUUUUGUUAAAUCCUUAAGGCCGGUUAGAACGGUUUAUCGUCAUCGUGGAGAUGAAUUAUCAAAUGGGUUAGCAAAAAGAAUGUUGGUAUCAUAUAUAAAUAAUGGGACAUUGGAUAAAUCUUGGUAUGAUACUUGUAAAUGUGGACGGCCGUCAUAUAUGUUUUCAAGAACUAUGGCUUCUGAUGCGGCUGAAGUGAAUUAUAAAGAAGUGAAAAAAGCAGGUCCCCUUGUAGAGUAUGAGCGAAGAAUCAAAGCCGGUGAUCUUGAAGAUGGUGAUAAUAGUCAGAUAGGCACUUUAAGAGAAAUUCAAAGACUCUAUGAUGAGCUUGUUAAGUCAGCUGAUGCAUGUCGUUUGGAUCGUUAUUCAGAUUCUGGGAAAGCUGGGAGGAGUAGGUGGUUAUGGUCGCGUCUCAUGCCACAGUCUUCAGUCUCACCAGUAAAAGGACUCUACCUUUAUGGAGGUGUUGGCACUGGAAAGACCAUGUUAAUGGAUUUGUUUUAUGAUCAACUACCAUGCAAUUGGAGGAAAAAGAGGAUUCAUUUUCAUGACUUUAUGUUGACGGUCCACAGCCGCUUGCAGAGGCACAGAGGCGUGGCUGAUCCCCUUGAAGUUGUUGCAGGAGAGAUAUCUGAUGAAUCUAUUUUGUUAUGCUUAGACGAGUUCAUGGUUAACGAUGUAGCUGAUGCCACAAUACUAAACCGGUUGUUUGGCCAUCUUUUUAGCAAUGGUGCUAUACUUGUUGCUACGUCAAACCGUGCUCCUGAUAGUCUUUAUGAACGUGGCCUGCAAAGAGAUCUUUUUCUACCAUUCAUUGCUACACUAAAGGAAAGAUGCGUGGUACAUGAAAUCGGUUCAUCUAUAGAUUACAGGAAAAGAACCUCGGCUGAAGAAGGUUUCUACUUUGUAAUGGAUGAGCCUGACUUUCUUGUACAGAAGUUCAAAGAAUUGGUUGGGGAACAUACGGUUCAACCCCAGGUAGCAGAGGUUGUUAUGGGUAGGAAACUACAGGUACCAUUGGGUGGGAAUGGAUGUGCAUAUUUUCCUUUUGAGGAACUCUGCGACAAACCUCUUGGUGCUGCUGACUACUUUGGAUUAUGUAAGAACUAUCAUACCUUGGCUUUGGAUGGUGUGCCAAUAUUUGGGCUCCACAACAGGACAGCUGCCUAUCGAUUUGUUACUUUAGUUGAUGUGAUGUAUGAGAAUAAGGCCAGAUUGAUGUGUACAGCUGAGGGGACUCCUUUCCAACUUUUUGAAAGGAUUGUGACCAUCUCUGAUGCCCAAAGUAUGGCACCUCGAACCUCGUCUAGGUCAAGGAAGAAUGACGAUUAUGACCUUUGUGUUGAUAAUGAGCUGGGCUUUGCUAAAGAUCGCACUAUUAGCAGAUUAACAGAGAUGAACAGCAGUGAGUAUCUCGAGCAACACGCAGACAUGAUAGCAGAGAAGCGACUUCGUACUCAAAAGGAUGAUGACAACCAUGUUAAUGUGGUAGAAGCAUGAACAUGUUUACGGAUCAAGUUUCAUUAGCAAUCUUUUCAGUUUUCAAACUUGUAUGUAUGGUUUUAUAAAGUCGGUGGGCCAGUUGCAUCUUCUUGCCCUGUAAUGGCCAAAGUGACCACCCUAUGUAAAACAACAUGAAAAAGAUGGAAAUAGUAUAGGCAUUUGGGUAUAAAUUUUUAAGUGCUUAAAAAGAUAAAUGCAUCAGGGUCUUUUCUGCAAUAAUAUUUCAAAUGUAUUUGUAACCAUAUGAUGUAGAAGUAACAUUCGUAUAUUUCAACUUGAUUUCUUAUUUGACUUCUUUGACA